AUGUUUUGGCUCUUGUCUUCUCUGCUUAUCCAUUUGUUCAUCAUUCUCUCCAAUGGAGUUGCAGCUCAAAAUGAUAUCAGUGUCACAAACGUUGGAGCAAUCGUUGAUUUUAAUUCUCGUAUCGGUAAAGAGCAGAUAGCUGCCAUGGAAAUAGCAGCUGAAAGCUUCAACAAGUCGUCCAACACUCGUAAACUACUCAUUCAUUUUCGAAACUCGGAAGGAAAGCCCUUCCUUGCUGGUUCUGCUGCUGAAGAGCUGAUGAAGGAAGUAAAAGUACAAGUGAUUGUUGGCAUGGAGUAUUGGCCAGAAGCAGUUAUAGUAGCUGAUCUCGUUAGAAACCAAUCUCAAGUUGUCCCGGUAAUUUCAUUUGGUGCACCUCUUAUAACUCCACCACUGAUCGAAAGCCGGUGGCCUUUCUUGAUACGAAUGACAAGUGAUGGUUCAACUCAAAUGAACUGCAUUGCAGACAUAGUUGCUGCAUACAAAUGGAGAAGGGUAGUUGUGAUAUACGAAGACGACGGUUAUGGUGGUUAUGUUGGCUUGCUAGGUCUUUUAUCUGAGGCUCUACAAGAGGCUAAUGCAAAGAUUGAGGAUCAUUUGGUUCUUCCGAUAUCUUCAGUGCCUGAGCCUAAUUUUGAUGAGCUAAAAGAGUUGUUAAAGCUUCCCACAUUUCAGUCUCGGGUGUUUAUUGUUCUUCAAUCAUCUUUACCAACAGUGAAUAAUCUGUUCGAAGUGGCUAAGACGAUGGGACUUGUAGGAAGAGACUCGGCUUGGAUAUUCACAGAAUGUAUCACUAGUUUACUUGCUCCUCAAGGUAACACCUAUAUGGAAGGAGCUCUGGGAAUCAAGACUUACUACAGUGAGUCUACCUCUUAUGCUGAAUUCCAGAAGGAAUUCCAAGCCAAAUUCCAAGCCAAGUAUGCAGAAGGAUAUAACUCCAAGCCAGGAAUUUAUACUCUUCGAGCAUACGAUACUAUUAAUGUCAUUUCACAAGCCAUAGAAAGAAUGCGAGGGACUAGUACCAGCCUUCAGGAGAUGAUAACUGCAUUGUUAAGUGGGAAAAUGAGCUUGAAAGAAGGUGAAGCGCAAUUGGUUUCUCCGAGACUGAGGAUCCUUAAUGUUGUGGAUGGGAAGAUGAACACAGAGUUAAACUUCUGGACACCAAAGGGGUUUUCAGAAGGCCUUGACACAAAUAUAACAGAUGUUGUUGGUAAAGUACUUUGGCCUGGGAACCUAACACGUACCCCGAAAGGAUGGGCAAUGCCUAGUGUUGAAAGGCCAUUGAAUAUUGGGGUUCCAGGAAAAACUUCCUUCAGCAAAUUUGUAAAAGUGGAGUAUAAAGACAAUCCAGAUGAGAAUACCUAUGACGGUUUCUGCAUUCAAAUUUUCUAUAAGGUUUUAAGUCGUUUGAAUUAUCCUCUGCCGUAUGAGUUUCAAGCUGACAAUGCAAGCUAUGUUGAACUGGUUGAAAAAGUCCGGAACAAGACGUAUGAUGCUGUGGUUGGUGAUAUAACUGUUCUAGCUGACCGGAUGGACCAGGUGGAAUUCACUCAGCCCUAUAUGGGGUCAGGGUUGUCAAUGAUAGUACCAGAAGUAACUGAUGAGGAGGCAAGAUGGAUGUUUAUGCAACCUUUCACAUGGCAAAUGUGGGUGGUCACCGGUUCCAUUUUAGUCUACACAAUGUUGAUAGUUUGGUUCCUAGAGCGCCCAACCAAUCCCGACUUUCGUGGUCCAUUGAUGGAUCAGAUUGGUACAGCAGUUUGGUUCACCUUCUCCUCUUUGUUCUUUGCUCACCGAGAAAAAGUCUUCGGCAACUUAACUCGAGUAGUUUUUCUUAUAUGGCUAUUUGUUGUAUUGAUCCUUACCUCAAGCUACACUGCUAAUCUCUCUUCAAUGCUCACCGUUCAACGGCUGCAACCGAAUGUAACGGACAUGCAAAUGCUAGUAAACAGCAGUUCACCAGUUGGUGUGGAUGGGGAUUCAUUCUUGUACACAUACAUGAAGGACUUUAUUGGAUUCAAGCAAUAUAAUUUGAUCAAUUUAUCGAGUGAAUACAGCUACACAGGCAACUUCAAAAACAGAACAAUAUCAGCUGCCUUUCUUGAACUUCCCUACGCUGAUGUAUUCCUGAACAAGUACUGUGAGGGAUACACUGCUACCACUCCUACCCUUAGAUUUGGAGGGUUAAGCUUUAUAUUUCAGAAAGGCUCUCCAAUUGCCAGGGAUUUUACUAAGGCCAUACUAGAGCUAUUGGAGAAUGGAGAGAUUAAGAAACUUCAGAAUGAGUGCUUGACUCCAGAGGAGGAGUGCUCAAAGAAUUCUACCCAUCAACCAAAAAGCUUGAACCUCAGUAGCUUUUCUGGCCUCUAUGCAAUAUGCGGUGCUACUUCUACAUUCUGUUUGCUACUAUCUCUUGCUAUGUGGAUGAGGAGGUUUCAGCUCCAAGAUACAAAUGAAGGCAGUGCAAGUCCAAGUGACGAGAAUAUUUGGAACAAAACUGUCAGAAUUGUGAAGUUUUUUAAAAUUAGAGAUCUUGAAAUUCCAACUAGAGCUCCAACGUUUGCUAGUUAUGUUGUGGAUUUGACUACUCCAAGAUGGGGGGAAUACUCACCUACUUCCAGCAAUCCGGAGCAACCUCCAGCAUUCACGCCAGCAGAAAUUGAAUGCAUGCCUGUAGAACAGACAGAAACAAGGGUAUAG